UGUGCUUGCGUGUACAACUACGCACUUGCUCAACGGCAUGCCUACAUCUUGAAUAAUAGAUGUGCUUUUGAUGCUACACUUCCACAAGCUCUUGACAAGGAAUUUUCAUGGCAGUAUACCCUUCGAAUGCAUGACACUGACAUCCCGAAUGGUUUUUUUAUCUACUCACUGCUACUGGAGAAGGCAGAGAAUAACAGUUGCCUUGUUCUCCCCCAUGACAAGCAACAAUGGAUCCGAAUUGAUGUUGCGCUGAGUGAGUGCAACAAAGAAAUGGAAGGUAUUGGGCAGGAAGCAUACCCACAUGCCUGUGACUUAUGCUUCAUUGUUAUUGGUGAUGACAACUCAAAAUCAAAAAUUCAAGCAGCUGUUUGUGAUGGUAAUACCAUUGGGCACCCAUGUUGUGCAGUGCAUGACUGCAAAGUCCCACUUAUGACCAACUGUCAUCGUUUCUGUCCCGACCAUCAAGACUUGAACCAGUGGUGCGCAGUUGAUGGCUGUGACAAGAACAGCAACAAACACCUCAGAGCAAGGUUUGGUCGGUGCCGCACCCAUAACAAGCAACUUAUUAUGCAACCUUGUGGGGUGAUAUUAGCAUGGGCUAUGUUUUUUGGGUCCGAGGCUGUCUCUGCUGUUAAUGAAUUUGCAAAGGCAGUAUUCCCUACUGCCGCAUCAACACCUGAAUACUUCAUCUUUGACAACAACUGCAAGCUCCAUGCUCACCAAGACGCUAUUGGUGAUGACCACUUUGCUGCAACAGGGAUGCCUGUUGAUGUGUUUCAUUUCAACUCAAAACACAAGGAAACUGACACCUACUGUCAGCAGCACUGCAACCCCACCGCUUUCCCAGAGCUCAUUUCUGGUGGCAAGUGGCGAUUUAAUACAUCAAUUUGCGAACAGACGAACAUUUGGCUAGGCGGGUAUCAGGCAAUCCUGUGGGACAUGUCUGUACACUGGUACAACUUUUAUCUUGAUGAAAUGAUUAAAUGUCGAAACUGCUAUGUUAUCUCAGAGUUGGAGAGACGAGGGCAUUCUCCUUGGAUGAUUUCCAUGGACACUCUGUUUGGUAGUGACUAG